CGGCGGCAUGGAGGGCGCGUACCUCGCCCGGGAGCUGGCGCACGCCGUGCUGCUGCUGCUGAGCCUCUUCCCCGCAGGUGGUUCACUGCACCCUGAAGAAUCUUCACUGGUUGUGAAUAAAGGGGAGGAACUAAGGCUGAGGUGCAACAAGGAGGGACCUGUGACUUGGCAUUUCCAGAACUCAAACCCAUUGGCGAAAGCAAGGAGUUCCAAUGAGAAAGAGUGGUACACCAAAAACACAACAGUCAGAGACAUAGGCAGAUAUAUAUGCAAAAGUAAAGAGAAUGUUGUCAACUCUUUUUAUGUUUUUGUUAAAGAUCCAAACGUGCUCUUCCUUGUUGAUUCUCUGAUCUACGGAAAAGAAGACAGUGACAUCCUGCUGGUGUGCCCACUAACAGAUCCAGAUGUUUCAAAUUUCACACUGAGAAAAUGUGACGGCAAACCUCUCCCCAAAAAUAUGACUUUCAUUCCCAAUCCCCAGAAAGGCAUCAUCAUCAAGAAUGUACAGAGGUCAUUUAAGGGCUGCUACCAGUGCUUGGCCAAGCACAAUGGAGUCGAGAAAAUAUCGGAGCACAUUUUCCUGAAUGUGAGGCCAGUUCACAAAACUCUUCCUGUCAUCACCUUAUCCAAAAGCUACGAGCUUCUCAAAGAAGGGGAAGAAUUUGAAGUUACAUGCAUCAUCACGGAUGUGGAUAGUAGCGUACAAGCUAGUUGGGUUUCUCGCAGAAGUGGGAUUGUUACAAGCAAUAGCAGAAAUUUGGGUGAUUAUGGAUACGAAAGGAAAUUAACAUUGAACAUCCGUUCAGUGGGAGUUAAUGAUUCUGGAGAAUUCACAUGUGAAGCAGGAAACCCUUUUGGAAAAACAAAUGCCACAGUAACCUUGAAAGCACUAGCUAAAGGAUUUGUGCGUUUGUUUGCAACAAUGAAUACCACAAUAGAUAUAAAUGCAGGACAAAAUGGAAAUCUAACAGUUGAAUAUGAGGCAUAUCCAAAACCCAAGGAAGAAGUCUGGAUGUACAUGAACGAAACAUUACAGAAUUCAUCAGACCAUUAUGUCAAGUUCAAGACUGUGAGCAAUAACAGUUACACAAGUGAACUUCACCUUACCCGAUUAAAAGGAACAGAAGGAGGCAUUUACACAUUUUUUGUGUCCAAUUCUGAUGCCAGCUCCUCUGUAACAUUUAAUGUCUAUGUGAAAACAAAACCAGAGAUUCUCACUUUGGAUAUACUUAGCAAUGGUAUUCUUCAGUGUGUAGCAGCUGGAUUCCCAGCCCCCACCAUAUACUGGUAUUUCUGCCCAGGAACCGAGCAGAGGUGUUAUGAUUCACCAACAUUAUCCCCCAUGGAUGUCAAAGUCGGUUACACCAAUUCAUCAGUGCCUUCAUUUGAACGAAUCCUGGUUGAAAGCACCAUCAACGCCAGCAUGUUCAGUAGCACCGGCACCGUGUGCUGCGAGGCCUCCAGCAAUGGGGACAGGAGCUCUGCUUUCUUCAAUUUUGCUAUUAAAGAACAAAUCCGCACCCAUACCCUUUUCACUCCUUUAUUAAUUGCAUUUGGAGUUGCUGCAGGACUCAUGUGCAUCAUAGUCAUGAUCCUGGUGUACAUAUAUUUGCAGAAACCGAAAUACGAAGUUCAGUGGAAAGUUGUUGAAGAAAUAAAUGGAAACAACUAUGUUUACAUAGACCCAACACAACUUCCUUAUGAUCACAAAUGGGAAUUUCCUAGAAACCGGUUGAGUUUUGGUAAAACCCUUGGUGCUGGAGCUUUUGGAAAAGUUGUUGAAGCCACAGCUUAUGGUCUAUUUAAAUCUGAUGCUGCUAUGACAGUAGCAGUAAAGAUGUUGAAACCAAGUGCCCAUUUAACGGAAAGAGAAGCCUUGAUGUCAGAGCUUAAAGUGCUGAGUUACCUUGGAAACCACAUUAAUAUUGUGAAUCUCCUUGGAGCCUGCACUAUUGGAGGUCCCACUCUGGUCAUUACAGAAUAUUGCUGCUAUGGUGAUCUUUUAAAUUUUCUGAGGCGGAAACGAGAUUCAUUCAUUUGUCCAAAACACGAAGAACAUACAGAAACAGCAGUUUAUGAGAACCUUUUGCAUCAGGCAGAGCCUGCAGCUGAUGUUGCCAAUGAGUACAUGGACAUGAAACCAGGAGUGUCAUACUCAGUCCCACCAAAACCUGAUAAAAAAAGACCAGUGAAGUCUGGAUCCUACAUCGAUCAGGAUGUUAGCCUUUCUAUGUUGGAAGAUGACGAACUUGCACUAGAUGUUGAAGAUCUGCUAAGUUUUUCUUACCAGGUGGCAAAAGGCAUGAGCUUCCUUGCCUCCAAAAAUUGCAUUCAUAGGGAUCUGGCUGCAAGAAAUAUUCUUCUCACUCAUGGUCGAAUAACAAAAAUCUGUGACUUUGGCCUGGCAAGAGAUAUAAGGAAUGACUCAAAUUAUGUGGUCAAAGGAAAUGCUCGUCUUCCUGUGAAGUGGAUGGCACCGGAAAGUAUUUUCAAUUGUGUCUACACCUUUGAGAGUGACGUCUGGUCUUAUGGGAUAUUGCUUUGGGAGCUCUUUUCUUUAGGAAGCAGCCCAUAUCCAGGGAUGCCUGUUGACUCCAAGUUCUACAAAAUGAUCAAGGAGGGAUACAGGAUGUUCAGCCCUGAGUGUGCCCCACCUGAAAUGUAUGACAUAAUGAAGAGUUGCUGGGAUGCUGAUCCUUUACAGAGACCCACAUUUAAACAAAUUGUACAGCUUAUAGAGCAGCAGCUUUCAGAUAAUGCCCCCCGGGUUUAUGCGAACUUCUCAACUCCACCUUCCAGUCAAGGAAAUGCUCCAGAUCAUUCGGUGAGGAUUAACUCGGUGGGUAGCAGUGCUUCAUCUACUCAGCCUCUCCUGGUACGUGAAGAUGUUUGAGUGGCAUCUGGAAGAAGAGGAGGCCAGAUGUAUUAACUGUUUGGUGCAGGGGGUGAGAGAGGGAAGACUUCAAUAAUUUCUCUUACUUUUACUCACUACUACUACUGUGUAGCUGAAAUGUUGUUGUAAUACUGUCUUUUACCACACACUGUUACACAUAAACUUAAUCUGCUAAGCACGGUUACAGGCAUCAUUGCAAUGUUAACUGAAGCUGUAUAUAUUUUGCUAUGUUGUGUGUAUUUGCAGUAGAGAGCCAGAUCUGAAGAAAAAAAAAAAAACAAACAGCAACCAACAAAAGAAAUCCUGAGCCAGGGUGUUGAACAAGAUAACUGCAGAUCAAACAAAAUGUGCAGUGAUCCUUCUCUGGAUCUGUGCCUGAAAGGCAUACAGUAAUUUUCUAGUAAAUCUUGUUUUGCUGAAUUUAAGAAAUAAAUGAAUAUGAAGCUAAUGGCUUUGCAAACCCCUUUCCAUGUCCAUCCAAGCCUGAGAAGCUUUCCCAGUCGGGUAUCGCAGGUUAGUAGGAGCGCUGGAUGUGUCUGGACAAGAGAGGUGAAAGGAUAGAGAUCCUUCCAAACUCACCAAAGUUGGUCUGCGCAGCAGCAAAUGCUGCUGGUGUUGUCCCAAAUCUGGGUUCUUCACCCAGUAUGCAGUAAGCCAAUCAACACAUUGAGUUGAGAUACUUUUUAUUUCUAGUCUGCAGAGUAAGGUGCCAGGCAUUUACCAUCGGGCAGUACACCUUUCGGGAGACAGCUGGGCUUUAUGUAGAAAUGGUAACAAAGGAAAAUCACAACAAAAUACGUUAUUGGUUUCCAGUGAUUUGUCUACCAUGCUUAACUCCUACAUAUGCAUCUAAGCUCAUGUUUAAAACAUUUAGGAAGGUUACUGGAUUAGAUCCACAAAGGGGUGUGAUUUUUAGCAUUAAAAUUAGCUAAGGUAGCUAGAGGCUGUAUCUUCAUCCUGUCAGCUACCACUAAGUUCUUAGUCAAUCUUGGUCAAUUUUUCAUCCUGUUGCAGAGCCUGCUUCUAAACAGUAGUUACCCACAAAAUACAGCUUUGGGCAUCUAACCAUGGGGACCCUCCUUUCUUGUUGCUAUGGUUUCAAAAUAGAGCUCAUCAUGGCCACUCAGUUUGUGACUCUUUAACACUGCCUACUGACAUUACCGGGAACUCGGGUUUGAACCAGAGGAGUGUGGAUCUUCAUCUUUUACUUUCUACCUGCACUAUCAGCCUUGCAGACCCAUCCUGAGGUUCCUGUGGGUGUAUCCACUGCUUCUCACUGGCCCGUUCGCCACCAGGGAUGGAGCUGCCCAUCACUGGGUCUCACCCCACUACAGAGUCUGAACUGUUCCCUUGUCCCUCUGUCUUGGGAGCCUGAGGGCUUCAAUGCUUGUUUUGGUAAUAGUUAUGUCCAGAAGUGUUCACCAAAGAUAGGCUGGCCCUGCUGAGUUGGUCAAUAUGGAGGAGGAGGGCUGCUUCCCAUAAACUGUGUCUGGAGGAGAGGCCGUUUAACGAGUCAUCUUAUCUAAGCAAAAACAGAGGCAAAAACUUCUCUCCUGGGGGCCCUUUCUUUAUCUUGUCCUACCCAGGUGAAUCUUUCCCACAGGCAGGCUUGGAUAGUGCUAACUGGAAAGGGCUAUUUUCCCUCACCCUGAGUAAUUUCAUCUUUCUGUACCCGUCCAGAGAUGACAACAAAGAAGAGCCUAACGGGGAAAUGCUGAAUUCAUAAAUGGGGUAAAAGAAAGAUAAUUAUUUCAGUCCUGUUUGACAGACUUGUCAAACUGGGUUCUGGGGUCAGUGUCUGCUGAGCCCAGGGUUGUGUUCCUGUAUCUUCCAACCCCUUUUCUUCCCAUUGGAAACAGUGCUAAUUCUUUUCUUCGUUUGUUUCUGUCCCCAAGAAAUUAGCAAAGGCAUUGCUAGAAGCCUUUGUCAGAAGCAGAGUACUAGUUAAGUACCUAUUUAUUUACAAUGCACUUAAGCACUCUGUAAUUUAUACUUUACCAGAAUUUUGGUUGAGUUUACAUGCAAUUUAAAUAUGUAACUAAUUGCCCAAAUGCAAGGUAAAUACACACAUUGGUAGUAUAUUUUGGAUUAUGCUGAAUACCACGCUCCUUCUACGACUGUGCAUUUGGUUUAUUGAUACAGGAAUCUGUUUUUCAGAGUUAAGUAAAAAAUUAGCCAUUUGCACUGAACUUACUUAGACUGUUGCACCUUUCCAAAGUUAAUCCAGUUGUUUGGAGGCACUCUUAUGCAUACUUGUUGAGCAUUUUCAGUUUAAUGCUAUAAAAGCUAUUUCGUAAUGUGUUGGCUUUCAGAGCAGCUGUAGACAAAUUAGUUAUUAUAAUUAUAGAUGUCUCGGUACUUUAUGGACACUUAGCUGAAAGAGGUUUAGGUUUUUUCGUUCUUGAAAUUUAUAUUUUUAUAAUUUGGGGAAUUUUGAAACUUAUUUUGCAAUGGCUUGGUGUUUUGAAUGGGUUUACGCUCUUUUUUUUUUUUUUUGUAAAUAUGGAAAUGUAGCAAUAAUGUCUUUUUGACUAUUCUCAGUCCUUGAGUUUCAGAAGUAUUUUUUUAUAUAUAUAUGCAAAAACUAUAUGUAUAAAUAUGUAAGUGUUUGAAGUUUAUGAAACACUUAUGGAUAUGUUGCUCAGUUGUAGAAUUGCAGUUCAGAAAAGUUCAAAUAAAUCUGUAAAUAUGUAUUCAAAUGCUACCAAGGUGUACUAU